ACAGGCAGACACGCCUCGCCGCGCUUCUCGCCAAUGGCUGACCAACUCUUCCAGCGCAAACCCCGGGACCACGAGCAGCUUCGCCCGGACCCCGACUCUGACUCCGAAGGCCUGUUUGACAAGCCUCCUCCAGAAGAGCCCCCCGCUGUCCGCCGGCCCAAGUCGGCGGGGGCCGCGGGCAGGAAGGCCGGUCGGCGCACUGGUGGGAGGGCGCAGGGGGCCCGCCCUGGGCAGCCCCCCAAGGCCGCGGCGCGCCCCCAGCCCCAGGAGGAGGCGCCUCCACUGCACGAGGGCUGCUAUCUCGACCAUUUUCCGCACCUCUCCAUCUUUAUCUACGCGGCCAUCGCCUUCUCCAUCACCUCCUGCAUCUUUACCUAUAUCCAUUUACAGCUAGCCUGAUUUGCUGGGGAUGGGCUCAGGGCUGAGGUGGGAGGGAAGGGAAAAGAAGGGCUUGGCAUUUUGUGUCUGGAGACGCGCCGCACCCCCUUCAUCUAGCUUUUGAUGCUUCUUUUCUUCUCUGCUUGUCACUACCUUUGUCUAACUAUCCAUCAGUAGGAACGUCCAAAGCAGCUACCGCUAAUGAAAUAAGCACCUGGGGAUUAGGGGCGGGAACACAGACAGACUCCAACGUUUAGAAUCUCGCGGUUUGACUGAACCCCAUUUAUAAUGAGGAUAAUGUCCUUGGACCCUACCGCUUUGUGAGGUGGGGGCACGCAGAGGAAGCCUGUCAUUUUGUGGCUGGGGCGCGCACAGCGAGCCCAACCUUCUGUUCUUUAAGGGAUGAGCCAGACCCGGGGCCGCCGCCUUCCAGAGACAGGGCCCUGCGGGGUGGGGGUCGGCGCCCUGGCCUGGGAUAAGCCGAAGCCCUGUGAUGCUGCAUCGCCCCCGGAGGAGCCAGCAGUGACCCCCGAGCUGGCGCAGAGCCCGGAGCGUGGGAACCGGCGGACCUGAGA